AAAUUCCAGAUCGACGAAAGGCGACAUGGUGGGCCCGACGUGGGAAGCGACUCGUCUGAUCUCGAACUGUUUCACCUAGAACAGGUGAUCCUCGACCUAAGAUGCUAUACAAGCACGCUAAUGGACCUUGUUCCGGUCAUUGAACAUACCAAGGACGUACUUGCCAAUUAUGUAGUUUGUCAACAUGUAUCAAAGGUACAGCAGUUGAGAACAUGCACGCUGGAAACUCCAAAUGCUCGAAAGGAUAAGGUACAAGUGGAAGCACAAGACCUAGGAAUUUCCGGAAAUUUUGGCCAAAGGAUUAGCAUGCCCGAGUCACCAAGGCCUUUAUCAAAUACUUCGAGCACCGUACCAUCCAUUCAUACUACAGACAAUGCGGACAGUAUCAAAAAGGCCAGCCACAAGAUCUCACCGCCGGAGAUGCCAAAGCCAGGCUCGAUAACAUCUGAUAACACACCAACAGCGAGUCUCAACACAGCACCUCCAGACUUUAGUGGAGAGUCCUACUAUACAAAUGGGCCAUCAAACUUCAAGGUUUGGUAUUGUCCUGCUUGUAGCGAAGGUCCGCUCGGGAGCUGGCAAAAUGUCUGCCCGUUUUGUGACCAAAGCCCGAGGUCUAGAUUGCCUGACACCAAGCCCACCACGAUUGCUGCAGGAAGUCCUCAGACAAGCAAGAACAAAGGGGACACAGAAGAACCAAGGAAGAGCAACACGUCAAAUCAAGGUGUACCGCGAGGUUCAGAACAGAAGAUCCAAGAAUCAAAUCAUCAAAUAGACAAACAAACCCAUCCAAAGCAGCGCCAAAAAGACCGCCAACACACACCGCCCAUAGACAGCCUUGAAAAUUCAAAUAAGACGGUCGAUAUCACUUCACAAGGCUUAGUCACUGACACUCAGGUUCCUUCCACAACUUGCAUGGAUUCUGAUCCCGGGGACUUGCUGAUCAACAUGUGCGACUUAUGCAGUUUGCCAUAUGACCAAUGCAUACAUUCAUUAACAACAACAUCCGGUGCAUCCAACUUUGAGUAUGAUACUUUCCCUGAACAUCCCUUUCCCAGAGGUCCUCAUUCUCUCGAGGACCCUCUAUUAUCGAUCUUUUCCCUGCGCCAGCAGACAACCAUGGAGCCACCCACAGUACAAGCACAUGUCGAGGAUACAUACACCCUUAGGGACGGAUUAUUGGUUUCGCAUGAAUUGGACGUUUACUCGCCUGGGGACAGAGCAUUAGGGACUAACAGUAGAACAACGCCCACAUCACAACGAAUACAAGCGCCACUACCUGGCGGAUUCCCUUGCACCGCAGAGGGCUGCAAAAGAAUAUUUGAGAGAAUCUGUGACCUCAAGUACGUCUUCUCUUAUCUACUAUCUCUUCCACAAAUACAAAAUAUAAGAAACUAAGAUCGCCUAGCCGACAUAUGAAAACCCACAUGGCGAUGAGUGACCGUCCACACAAAUGUGACGUUUGUGGAAAAGGAUAUCUCUACCCAAAGGAUCUCAAGCGUCACGUAAUAACUACUCAUACAAAUCCAUCGCAAAAGUUUCACUGUCCUGACUCUGGCUGCACGAAUACAGAUGGCUUUUCCAGACGAGAAAAUCUCCUACGACAUCAGAGAAAGCAACAUCUUCACUGAAGAUAUAUCAAUUUCGAUACCGCAACCUAUAGCGGUGCAGUAGCUGUAACAUGACUGUACGCA